CAUCCAAAAAAAAUAUUUCAAAAAACAAUGAAGUUCGAUAUCAAGAUCAUUAGUGAUUCAGUCUGCCCUUGGUGCUACGUCGGCAAGCGCCGAGUCGAGGCCGGCAUUGCUUCAUACAAGGCCGCGCACCCGAAUUCAAGCGACACCUUCAACGUCUCGUGGUAUCCUUACUACCUUGAUCCAAAUGCGCCCGUCGAGGGAGAGGUCAAAGCAGAUCGAUACAAGCGUCGAUUUGGCGAUGCGAAGUUCGCCCAGAUUGAACAGACUCUCGGUGCCGUCGGGAAGGAAGUCGGUAUCGACUUCAGCUUUGGCGGUCGGACGGGCCACACGCGCGACUCGCAUCGCCUAAUCCGCCUCGCGGGCCAAAAGAGCCAGGAGACCCAAAAUAGAGUCGUUGAUGAGCUUUUCAAGAGGUACUUUGAGCUGGAGCAGGACAUCACCAGUCGCGACAUGUUGAAAAGCGCGGCAGAGGCGGCAGGACUGGAUGGAGAGGAGGUCAGGUCUUACCUGGAAACGAAUCAGGGCGCAGAGGAAGUUGAGAAUGAAGUGCUGAAAGCGCGGCAGCUGGGUGUGAGCGGCGUGCCGAAUAUCAGGAUCAAUGGAAUGUUUGAAGCACCCGGCGCGGUAGAUCCGGAUGUUUUCAAGCGCAUCUUUGAGAAGAUUGCCGAUGCGUCAGCAAAAGCUUAGGGCAUACUAGGUAGAUGGUAUAAGAGUAUAUUCGCACAGCCUUAUAGGGCUGCUCCAAUCUGGAAUCGAUUUACUGCGGA